CCACGAACCUGCUGAGCCUCAUCUGCCGACAGGAGCAGCAGCGGCUGCAGGGAAAUGGGAGCGUGUCGAGGCCUGGAGACCACAGGAGAGAGACAAGGUCCAGAGCCCCCCACGUCCCGCUGCUGGGCCCUCACUGUUGCACCACACCAGCCCUCGAGAGCUCCAGAGCACCCUGGGGCAGCUGCCACUGCUCAGUGCCUUGCUAGCAGAGCUGUCGGUGCUCACCCACAGCGCUACGCCUGCUGCUGUCCACCCCUCUCUGGCCUGGCUCUACAAGGCCCCGGGGGGCAGUGGCAUGGCCUCACCGCCCCCCAGCCCCAGCCGCUUCUCUGCCCUCAAGCCCGCAGAGGCACCUGUGGGGGCUGGUGAGAGCAGUGGAGCCACCAGCCCUCAAUUCAAACAAGGGACCACCUCCCCAGGGUCUCUUCAGGCUGGGAGAGGACCUAAGCAAGCUGUACCCCAGGGAGAGACAAGCUCUGAAAGGAACUGCAAAACUAAGGAGAACAGACCUCCAAGAAGGAAACUGUUGUAUGGGCUGACAAAGACACUGAGGCUACGGCUGCAGCAGACCAACCCUGAUAAGCUGAUAAUUCAUGAAAGGAGAGAGCAGUACAGAAAAAAGCAAAUGGAGAUCCUGAAGGAGAGAAGCCCUUUAUCCAAAAGCAAGCUGCUCAGAAAUGCUGGAGAACAGGAUGUGGUUUCUUGCAGGCAUUGUAGCAAGGGGCAUAGUUCAAAGCAGAAUAAUCAGUUUGAUAAAACUGUUGAGACUUCAUUACAAAAUAGUGUUCUCACAGAGUAUGUUUCCAUGACAGGAGAUGCGUCCCCUGACCUGCAGAAACAGGCUAUUGAAAGUCUAUUGAACAAUGAAAUUGUAAGCAAGGAAUGUCCAUGCAAAGUAACUACAGCCCCCUUAGUGGAUGAACCUGUAUUAAAAUCUGCUCACAAGGAAAAGUAUGCGAAAGCCCAGGUCCCAGCAGCUUUCCCAUCAGAUGCUAAUGCAGAGGGAAGUAAUGAGGAAGCAAUAAACUUAAUCCGCCGUAAAACCACGGAGCAUGAUGAUGCAUCUGUUGCAAGUGAUAGUAAACCAAGCCCCAGCAGGAGUGUUGAAAAUUACUCCAAAUUAAUAUACUCAGAUGACUUUGUUGCUAGUCCUGAGAACACAGUUUAUUCAGAAGAUUUCACCAGUGCUGAGUGUAUGGACAGAGACUCAGAAGCUCUUGACAGCAGUCCUGAACCUCUGUGGCUUGAAAGCUCAAAGAGAGGUUGGUCAGAUACAGAGCCAGAAUCCAGCAAGUCCAGCAUUUCAAAGACAAGUCAAAGAGCUGAAAGUACUUCAUAUCUUUUGCCAGUUCCUUCAGUUUCAUCUCCAGUUCAGUCUUUGAAGAGAAACCGUGACUUAAAAACCAGCAAGCGAACUAGUGGUGAAUCUGUAGAUUCACUUAAUGAUGCCUCCAUUGGAGCAUUAUUAGAUGAAAAGCAGGAAGCCCAACAGAACAGAAAGGAAGAGAACAGGGGUGAUCAGCAUAUUAAACAAGUAUUUACACUGAGAAGCAAACAAGUUAGCUCUGAUGCUGAUCUGAGUAUAGGAAAGGGUCAGACCUGUGCAGGAAAAAGCCAGUCAGUAACUCAAGUUAGCUCUUACUUGCCAUCUAACAUGUCUGAUCUUGUACUUAGUGUUCUGGAAGACAGUAUAUCAGACAGAGAGGAUGAUUUUCUGGGAAAACUAUGUGUUCCUAAUCAAUACAAAGACAUAAGUGAACUUGUAAUAAACAAACUUCCGGGAUACACAAUGUAA